AUGAACUUCUUGUAUCUGAUACUUGUGUCUUGUAUCUCUUAUGAAGUUUCUCAAGCUCAAUCGAUACCAAAUGUUAUUUUGUACGGAGAACCAAGAGUGAUAGCCAGGAGGAUUAUCAAUGCUGAUUUGAACACAGCUCGCCAACUUGCUCUUCCGGAAGACAAAGAGCACAUUAGAUAUCGAGUGAAUGUUGUCGACAAUGAUAAGGUUCCACAAACCGAGUCCACUUAUCUGACUGGAGAACGAACCCCAGUAACCGUCUACAGAAGAAUUCUUCGCCCCGCCAGAAUCACAUUCACUGGCGAUGGCGUUGUCACUGAUAGCUGGCAAGGAACUAGUGAUCCAGUCGAGUUGGAGUCAUGGACUUUGAACAGGCGGCCAACCAUCGACGGAUCGUUUUUGCAAAGUCAACAACCACAAAGAUCUUUUCAUUGA